UCAACAACAAAUUUCAUUGGUCGGCAUCCAGCGGGUAAUCGAAAUAUGAAAAUUCCGAAGUUUGUUUACUUCGUCGACUUCGAAUUUUAUUGUAUAAAAAUUGAAUUUCUGAGUGUCCGAUCUAGACCAGAGUCUAUCUAGACAAGUCUAAAGUCAAGAUCUCUAUAUUACAAUAAUUCAUUAUUUCCAUUAUUUAACUUAGACUUAAUGAAAAGGUAAUAGCCUUAUAUAAUAAACAAUAAAACAUGCCAAGGAAGAGGACUACACGUAUUAAAAUUGCUUCACAGUCACAGCCAAGUAAAAAUAUUCCUCUUGCUCAAGAUUUAUCCAUUACUGACAAGAAUGAGCAGCUGAAAGUAUUUUUAAAAGAUUAUGAUUGUAAAGUUAAAAAUACACUACAGGACCUUGAAAAGAAAAAGACAGCAAUCAUUAAAUUCAUCAAUGCCCGCUUUGAAGAACAAAUUUUAAACUUACCAGCUGUUGUAGCGAAUAUGACUCUUAAAGAAUAUGCAGAGGCUGGUGGUACUGAGGAAGCAGUGAUAAAACUGAAAAAUACAACAAGACGACAAAUGCUUGAUGAAUUGUCAUGGGCUGGAGCUAUGAAAUCAAUGAAAACUGAAGAAUCAGGUCUUAGUAUCAUAAGUGAGGAAGAUUCAGAAGGAAAUGAAGCUUCAACAAAAACAUUUAAAGCUAAGAAUAAAUCAAAGAAAGGAACUAUGCUUCCUCCUACUUCAAGGGCCACUCGAUCAAAACUGACUACACCAUGUAACAGUACUACCCGCUCUGUUUGGGGACAAACACCUUUAAUAACACCUAAAUUUAACCCUUACUUACCAAUAACACCAGAAAAUGAACGAGAUAUCAAACCUGGAGAAAGGCUCAUGUCCUUAGCUGGUAGUCCUGUGCGGCAAUUAGGCAAACGACAACCAACUGUUUGUAUUGAGGAUGUCAACAAGACUGAAUUUGCUGCUGGGUUGGCUGACAUAGGAAUUGACUUAACACCAGGCCGGGCUGAGAAAAUUUUAGAACUGGUCUCAACGAAGCUCAUGAAAAAAUGAGCACUGGAGAAGUUUGUUUUCACUAUAUGUGUGUCAUUAGUUUAGUGUAACAAUAUCUUCAAAAAUUAAAAAAUAAAUAUUCACAUUGUUGCUUGGAAAAACUGCAAAAUCAUUGAUGAAAUCUUUUUGUCACAGUCGAAUGUGUCUGUAUAUCAGUUUACAUAAACUGUAAGCUUGUCAAGGCUACCUAGAAUUUUUUGUUUUGGUAAACUACCAAGAUUAGGUUAGAGAAAUUAGAAUAUUUUCAAUGCAACAUAAAUGUUUUAUUUAUUCAACACUUUCACUCAUUGUUAUUAAUGAUGAUAAUGUGGACAAAAUGUUCAUAGAAUUGUCAAUUGUAGCUGUAAAUAAGUCAUGCAAUCACAACUAUUGUGUAAACAGUGAUGACUGAAUGGUAAGACUGAGAGGUGAGAUUGACAUUGUGUGAUUGAAUGCCAUGAAAGAGAGGAAUUACUGGGAGUGGAUGCUUGAAUGUCAAGUGACUGUAGUGUGUCAGCUCUCCUCAGUUGGAUUGUUUACUUCUAGAUCUUGAGACUGUCAUUCAGUAAAUUACUUGCCUCUUCACAAAGUUUUUUCUUUCACUUAUUUCUCUUUGUGGGAUUUUAGACUUUGUCUAGUCAGUUCACCCCCCCAUUUACUUCCUAUGAUUCAUCUUAAUUAUGUUGCCUACAUAUGUCCUAUGUC